UACGUCGAGCAAAUAGGCGCCAUUGUGGCUCCAACGCGAAUCGUCAGUAGGUUGACUCAACGAACGAUCCGAGCCAUCAUGUCGGCUACAGUGUGCAGUUUCAUAGCGUGUUUUUUGCCACGAGAAGCUGGACUAGGAUGCUAACCGGUGUUCAAGUUGGACCAGGCAGUGAACACAUCUAGAGGAUGACACGGGUGGUGUUCCUCCAUCCGGAUCUGGGUAUCGGUGGAGCGGAGCGACUGGUGGUUGAUGCUGCUGUUGCUCUGAAGGCUCAGGGCUGUAGCGUUCAGAUCUGGACGGCCCAUUACGAUCCAACGCAUUGUUUCUCUGAGACUCUGGAUCCGGACCUGCAUGUAACAUGUGUGGGGGACUGGCUUCCCACCAGUGUGUUUGGCUACCUACACGCACUGUGUGCCUACCUGAGGAUGAUCUACGUGGCCUUCUACCUGGUCUUCCUCAGCGAGGUGGAGUAUGACGUUGUCUUCUGUGACCAGGUGUCGGUGUGCAUCCCGGUGCUGAGACUUUCCCGACAAAGGAAGAAGGUUCUCUUCUAUUGUCAUUUUCCAGACCAGCUGCUCACCCAGAGGAAGUCACUUCUGAAAAAGCUGUAUCGUACUCCCAUUGACUGGCUGGAAGAACGAACCACAGGCUUGGCUGAUAUGAUUCUGGUAAACAGCCAAUUCACCGCUGGUGUCUUCAGAAAGACCUUUCAUAGCCUGAGCAGUGUCCAGACAGAUGUCCUCUAUCCGUCCCUCAGCACACGCACCUUUGACCAGCUGUCCACCGAAGCCCUAAGUCUGGAAGGGCUGCUCCCUGAGGGGACCUCGCGUCUGUUUCUCUCUCUGAACCGAUAUGAGAGGAAAAAGAAUCUGGGCCUGGCUCUGGAGGCUCUGGCAGUCCUUAGGAACAGCCUUCCUCCAGGCCAGAGAGCAGGCAUUCACCUGGUGGUGGCGGGGGGCUAUGACGACCGAGUCACUGAGAACAUCCAACAUUACUUCGAACUGAAAGAGCUGGCAGCGCAGCUACGCUUGGAGGACUGUGUCACAUUCUUGCGCUCACCCUCUGAUUCACAAAAGGUGGCGUUGCUGCGGGGCAGCACCGCCGUGCUCUACACCCCGAGCAGAGAGCAUUUUGGGAUCGUACCUGUGGAGGCAAUGUACUGUUGCUGCCCCGUUAUCGCUGUGAACUCUGGGGGGCCCCUGGAGAGUGUGGCGCACGGGGAGACGGGCUUCCUGUGUGAACCCACAGCCGAGGCCUUCUCCGAGGCCAUGGAGAGGCUCGUUAGGGAGCCGCAGCUCCACAGGGACAUGGGGCAAGCUGGAAGGAGGAGGGUACAAGAUAAGUUCUCGGUUCAGGCCUUCUCAGACCAGCUGUAUGGGUACAUUGUGAGACUGAGCCGUUGAUGGAGGAGCAGGUAAAGGCGGAAAACUGCAGGACUCUGGAAAAUGGUCAUCUACUGAACUAAGGAACUGCUUUUGAUAUAAUAAGACUUCAUAUAUACACGUGCAAUUGCAUAUAUGUAUGUGUGUGUAUCCGUGCAGGCUGGAGGGACUAUUCGGAAAGAGACGUCAAUUAAUCAGCAUUCCCCUAGAGAGGUUGCUCAGAGGGGGAAAGGGAUGGAAUCUGUAAACCAAUUAAGAAAAGAGUAACGAGUUUACCUGCUCUAAAAAAAACUCCCCCCAAAAAAACAACUCUGCAAUUGUGUUCAUGUGUAGCAGUGCAGCAGCCGAGAGCCUAUGAAAUUAGUGUACAAACAGGAUUGAUUGUGUAAAAUGUUUUGCCCUGUGCAUGUUUUUCUUUUCUUUGCUUUGUGUCUGAGACGUAGAAGAAUGCGGUGGCCGCAAUGUGCCAUCAGGCACCACACAGCCCCAGAUCGAUAAACGGGAUGUUUCUGACUACUUCCUGUCCACCAAGAGCUUUGUUCCCUUCCCCACAUUCACUAGAUGCUGGCCUGUCCGUGACUCCUGCUGCCGCAUGGAGGUUAUUAGCAGAUGAUAGAGCGCGUUUGGCUUUAUUAGAGGUCUGGCUGAUGGGCAGCGCGUCUGGGUCAUUAUCAACGAGGAGAAUAGCAGAAGGUCAUUGUGUCUGAACGCUGCCCUCCUCAGCCCUCCUACUGUAUAGAAAUGCUCUUAUUGACAUUCCUGAAGUCUUAAUAAAGAAGAGGACACAUAGUUUCCUGACUCUUUUGGGCUAUACUUUGUUGUUAAGCUUUUUUUGGCCUUUAAUAGUUUGCUAAAGAUUUUGCGGGUGAACGUGGAGUCACAGCAUCAUUGUUAAUGCUGUGAACAGAUUUGAUUGUGCCUUGAGUUGCUAAAAUGAAACAUUCUCAGAUAAAAUGGCAUCAAAGAUUUUUUUUUAUUUUGCUUAUUACCAAAAGUUAGUGUGGCACAAGGGCCACUUCAGGAGACCUCAACUUUCUGUCUCCGUCCGUGGUUGAAUUAUCAUUUGCAGAGUUUGAGUUGUAUCCAUGUGUGCUGUUUCAGAUUUAGCUUCUCUUUGGAACGUAAUUGAAUCAUCCUCACAAAAACAGCAUUUCAAAUUAAAGAGGUAUUUUCAAA